AUGGUGGAGAAAUUGAUCCAAAGUGCACCACCAACACUCGAGCAAAAUGAAGUUGGCAAGUCGCUGAUUGCUGCAUCACAGCCAACAAUCGAAGUCUUUGAACCAGGCGUGGGAGUUUUUGAUAACAUAUCCAUGGUUCCGCUAAAUCUCAAUCGCAUCCAACGCAUUGAUCGGGGUGAACCUUGGUUCGACUUCUAUCCUGUAGAAGAAAAGCUCACAAGAAAUGCCGAUAAUGAGAAACCUCUCCUGGUUGACAUUGGUGGAAGCAUUGGAACUGAUAUCGCCGCAUUCCAUGUCAGAUUCUCGACUCUCAAAGGUAGUCUAAUCCUAGAAGAUCUUCCUGAAGUCAAUACCAGUAUCACACAACUCAAGCACGAUUUCUUCCUCCCACAACCCGAAAUUGCGAAGGGUGUGAAAACUUACCUCUUGAGCACCAUCCUUCACGACUGGCCAGACAAAGAGGCGAAGGAUAUUUUGACCAAUUUCCGUGAUGCGAUGAGUGAAGACUCGAUACUUCUCAUCAAUGAGAAUGCACUGCCAAAUAUUAACGUGCCGUUUUAUCCUGCUGAGCUUGAUUUUCCCAUGAUGUGUCUGCUUUCCGGGACGGAUCGGACUAUUAUGCAGUCAGUAUAA